CAUAAAUGUACAAAUUAAUUAUAGUCAUUAAUCUUUAACAAAAGAAGGCAGUUUACCUAAUAUGUGGAACAUUUAACAUAUAAAAAAAUGUGUUAUCCAGACAGCUAAUUGCAAAAGGUACUGAAUGACAAACAUAAAACGAAUUUCAAGGCUUUACAAAAAUUAGAUAUUUUUAAUAAAAUAAAAAGUGGCUUCAGUGGAAAUCAAUAGUUGGCCUUCAGUUGGAAAAUAAUUGUUCAAAAUAACUACAGGGUGCAAUUUUGUACAAUUAACCCUAAACAUUUAUUAUUGAUACAGUAUCAUGCAUACUUACUUGAAAAAAGAGCAAUGGGAAUUGUACAAACAAAUGAUUCCGAAAAAAACGUAUAAAGAAGUUUUGCCGAUAUUACAAAAAUCAAUACGGCGGGUUCUAGAAUCGGAUGAUUUUCGUAUUGAAGAAAUUACUUUAGAAAUGCAAGCCAUGUAUGGUGUUUCUUUAUCGGGAAAAAAGAAUGGCAGACGGCUACAUGUUACUUUAAAAGAAGAGAUCACUAAUCAUCUAGAACAGAAGGUUAGACGUGAUAUUUUAAAAUCGUUUGACAGCGAUAAUUUUUUAGACAUUCUUUAUGCUUGCUACAAAAAGAAUGAUUACUCAAUGGUUUUAAUAAGAGAAAUGCUUUAUUACGUUGAUAGUCUGAAAGUUGACAGCAUAUGGAAUGAUAAGUUAUACAACAUGGGUAGAGAAUUAUUUCUCAACUUGAUUAUUCGCUUUAUAAGAAGUCAUCUGCGUUCAACGCUUUUAAGCAAAGUAAACAUUUUUAGAGAUAUCGAUAUUACAUCAUCAGCAGAAAUGUAUAGUGAGCAAUUCCGUAAAUCAUCGGUUGAAAACAUAUGUCAGAUGUUAAUAAAUCUUGACUAUGAUGGCUAUAUCAAAAUACACAUGACGUAUGAAGAGGUUUUCCAAACACCGUUGAUUAAAAUGUUUACUAUAGCUGCUAAGAUAUUCAGCGAAAAACUGUUGGCACAAAAAUGUGUUUCGAAAUACAUAAGAAAAGCAGAAAGCGUACUAAUAAAUGAGUCAGAAAGAGCAAAAAUGUACAUCGAGUCUACCAAAAAACAACUGAUUGAAAGCAUUGAGGAAGAAUUAAUACAGAAAAAAAUGCAUGAACUAGUUGAAAUGGACAGCGGUGUGGUUUUUAUGAUAACAAACGACAAAAUAGAUGACUUAGCAUACAUGUACUGUCUAUUAAAGCGUGUUCCUGAUGGCUUGAACAUAUUGUUUGCGUGUGUAAGUCAACAUUUACGUACACUUGGCAGAAGUCUUGUUGAAAAAGAAGAAGGAAAUGAUACAAAUGUUGUUGAUUAUUUGAAGAAAUUGUUGGAUCUAAAAGAUAAAUUUUAUAGUUUUUUGACCGACUCAUUUUAUAACGACCAGAUGUUCCAAACAAUAAUUUAUGCAGAUAUUGAUUAUAUCUUUAAUUUGAAUGACAACUUAUACAGGGCUAUCUCAAGAUUUUUUUCCAAUAAUAUGGAACGACCUAUGUCACAUGAUAAUUUUGAAAUAGAUAAGCUAUUAUUAUAUUUGUCUGCACUAUACGAAGAACGAGAAAAUCAAUUUGAUGAAUUUUACUUCAAUUAUUUAAAGAAGAAGUUCACUCUUAACAGAAUACAUGCCGUUACUUAUGAGAAUGAAAUAAUCCCUCAGUUAAGACCAAACUUCAAUGUUGAUUUCAUGACUAAACUUGAAAAUAUAGUAAACAAUACAUUGACCACAACGGAAAUGGAAGUCGAAAAAAAUAUAACAGAUAAUGUUGAUAUAUCAUUGCACGAGAACUCAAACAUCUAAUCAAAUGAAGUUGGUUUUUCCAGAUAUCCAGUUAAUAAAAUAAGUUUUUCCUACCGUCUACGUUUC